AUGAAUGGCACCGACUUGAAGAAGGCCGCCAUCAAUCAGGCGAAGAAGGUUGCGACCACCGCCGCCCUUGCGGCAAACAGCAACGGCCAGAAGAAACGACGGAAAGGCGAUAACUUGAAGCCCAUCAUCACCACCGAAAGCACGUCUUCUGGCCUUCACGAAAGCCCUACCCAAGCGGAGCCAGAAUCAUUCUCAUCCUCCUCCUCAUCCGAAGAAGAUCCCGCCGCCGAAACCACCGCCGACGAAGAAGACUCUGAAGACUACUGCAAGGGUGGAUACCAUCCGGUACACAUCGGUGAAACAUACAACAAUGGCAGAUAUGUUGUUGUGCGAAAGCUAGGUUGGGGUCACUUUUCCACCGUGUGGUUGUCAAGAGACACCACCACCGGCAAACACGUUGCUCUGAAGGUUGUCCGAUCGGCGGCGCAUUACACGGAGACGGCUAUAGAUGAGAUCAAGUUGCUAAACAGAGUCAACCAAGCCAACCCAAGUCAUCCUGGUCGGAGAUACGUUGUCAGUCUUCUCGACUCCUUCGAACAUAAAGGUCCCAACGGCGUCCACGUGUGUAUGGUCUUUGAAGUUCUCGGCGAGAAUUUACUGGGGUUGAUCAAAAGAUGGAAUCAUCGAGGCAUCCCCAUGCCUUUGGUCAAACAGAUCACGAAGCAAGUUCUUCUCGGUCUGGACUAUUUACACCGCGAAUGCGGCAUCAUUCAUACGGAUCUGAAGCCCGAAAAUGUUCUGAUCGAGAUCGGUGAUGUCGAGCAAAUUGUCAAAGCCUUUGUCAAGGACGAAAAGGAAUCCACCAAAGAUGACAACAGGAAUGGGCGUCGGCGGAGACGAACAUUGAUUACUGGCAGUCAGCCCCUACCCAGUCCGCUCAAUGCUAGCUUCACCAACCUGGACAAAAUCGGCAACUCCCACCAGCCGAGCAGCCUAAACCAGGUGAUGACCGAGUCCUCCGGAAACAAGUCCGCAGAAGGACUCUCCAUGCUGGAGCAAUUGAAGGCGAAAUCGAAGGACACCAACCAGAAUGACGAACAUCCGGGCAACGAAAAAGCCCGAGAGGGGACAGCUGACCCGCUCGAGAAAGAUCUCGCCGGCGUGUCGCUUGACAGCAAAAAGAGCAAUGACGCGGAGAAGGUGUUGAAAGCCGCGCGAAACGAAGAUGAGCCAGCGGAGGGGAUCAUAUCUGUCAAGAUUGCCGAUUUGGGAAAUGCCUGCUGGGUGAGCCAUCAUUUUACAAACGACAUUCAAACUCGACAGUACCGGUCGCCGGAGGUCAUACUGGGGGCCAAAUGGGGCGCCAGCACGGACGUGUGGAGUAUGGCAUGCAUGGUGUUUGAGCUGAUCACAGGCGACUACCUCUUUGAUCCACAAUCGGGAACGAAGUACGGCAAAGACGACGAUCAUAUUGCCCAGAUUAUCGAGCUUCUCGGACCGUUCCCGAAGUCGUUAUGUCUGCAAGGUAAAUGGUCCCAGGAGAUCUUCAACCGAAAAGGAGAAUUGCGAAAUAUCCAUCGUUUGCGACACUGGGCGCUUCCCGAUGUUCUGCGAGAAAAGUACCAUUUCUCGGUUGAGGAUGCGAAGAGAAUUAGUGAUUUUCUCCUUCCCAUGUUGGAGCUGGCCCCCGAAGCGCGUGCCAACGCCGGAGGCAUGUCCAACUCGGAGUUCCUGAAGGGUACGAAAGGCAUGGAAAAUGUGAAUCUGGAUGUCCCGGUCGGCAGCAAAGGCGAGGGAAUUGAAGGCUGGGCGACAGAAGUGAAGAAACGAUGA